AUGAAGAUGCUCAGGUCAGCGUGUGUCCACCAGCGCAGGCUUCGGAGACCUUUCUCGUUGCUCUCCUCGCCCCCACUGAAGUUCGUGGCUGGAAGACCGUUCUCUUCCAUUGCUGCUUCUGCCAAUGAGCAGAUUGAAAGUGCACCCAAGAAUGAGUUGCAGGAGAAUCUUCGACCAACCCAGAUUGUAGACGAGCUAAACAAGUAUGUUGUGGGGCAAGCAGAUGCAAAGCGCGCGGUCGCGAUCGCUUUGAGAAACCGUUGGAGACGGCGUCAGCUACCCGAGGACUUGAGAAAGGAGAUAAUGCCACGGAAUGUCCUAUUGGUUGGGCCCACAGGGUGUGGGAAGACGGAGGUAGCCAGACGAAUGGCCAUGUUGAAUGAUGCCCCGUUUAUCAAAGUGGAAGCCACAAAGUUUACCGAAGUGGGAUACCAUGGUCGAGAUGUUGACAAGAUUAUUGCUGAUCUUAUGGAUAUUUCAAUGCAGUUAACCAAAAAGCGGGAGACGGAAAAGGUCAUGGAUCGGGCCAAAGAAAUAGUAGAAGAACUGCUUCUGGAAAAGCUGAUUGGUCCGACUACUUCUUCGGUUUCCACACCGUCCGAUGAAAACGACAAUACUCACAAGGAUAAAGAGCAACUGCAACAAGUUCCACGGAAUAAGGGGUCGUUCCAGAGUAUGCUCGAAGAAGGGCUGCUAGAUGAAAUGAUGGUCGAGGUAGAAGUGCCAAUCAAGGGGCCGGAUAGCGGUCGCGAGUUUUCUAUUGGUGAUGAAGGCCGUCAAGUCAAGUUCACAUUAGAUGCAGAUUCACAGAGAACUAUCACGCAACGAAAGAAACUCCCAGUGCCAGAGGCGAGAAAGGUCUUACUAGAGUCGGAAUGCGAGAAACUGCUUCAAAUGGUGGACCUCAAAAAAGAAGCAAUCACGGCUGUCGAGGAGACCGGGAUUGUCUUUAUCGACGAAAUCGACAAGAUCUGUACAUCUAGUGCUUCGUCUGGAAGAAACACGGAUGCUAGUGCGGAAGGAGUGCAAAGGGAUCUGUUGCCCCUAGUAGAGGGUACAACUGUGUCAACAAAACAUGGAAACAUAAAAACUGACUACAUCCUUUUUGUCGCCAGUGGUGCCUUUCACUCGGUAAAGCCAAGCGACUUGCUGCCAGAGCUGCAAGGGCGUUUACCUGUUCGGGUCGAGCUAAAGGGCCUGACCGAAGAGGACCUCUACAAAAUCCUAACAGAACCCGUGGCCAAUAUGAUUCGCCAGCAGGUUGAAUUGCUCAAAACCGAAGGCGUCGAGCUCGAAUUCGAGGAUGAAGCAAUUCGUGAAAUUGCCAAGAACGCCGCCGAAUUGAACAAAUCCGUGGAAAACAUAGGUGCUCGCCGAUUGCACACCGUGAUGGAACGCAUCAUGGAGGAAAUCAGUUUCGAGGCAGCAGAAGAGGGUAUGAAGGGUACUAGAAUGGUUGUGGACAAAGAGAAGGUGGGAGCAAGGCUGAAAGGCGUCACCAAGUCGACAGACUUAUCGCGCUUCAUCUUGUAA